AAAAUGGAGGAGGCGGGAAGUGAUGGCGCCGCCCCUCGCCGCUCUCCCGCGCCUGGCCGGAGGCUGGGCGAGGAAAGCGGGAGGGCGAUGCUGCUCUGGCCGGGCCGCUGACCGCGGUGCUGGCGCGGAGGGGGACGGAGGAGGCGGCCCCGCAGGAUGGGCUGCGGCGGGAGCCGAGCUGAUGCCAUCGAGCCGCGCUACUACGAGAGCUGGACGAGGGAGACCGAGUCCACCUGGCUGACCAACACAGACGCCGAGCCCCAGCAGCCGCUUCCCGUCGCCGCCGGCCCGGAGGGCGGCCAAGCCGAGGCUGGCCUGAGGGAACCCGGAAUUCUGGAGGAUAGCAAAUCAACUCAGACUUGUACCGGAAAGUCCUCAGCUGCAAGUGGAAUAGGUAGUGCUGAAAAGAGAACUCACUGUGGUACACAAUGUACAAAACUGACAGUUCACGCCACUGGAACUUCAGCACACAAACAACAAAAUGGCUUUAGAACCACAGAGGCUAAAUGGGACAACAAGAAAAAAGUCACAAAAGAAGUCGCUAUUAACGCCACCAAAACAAUAAGACAAAUUAGUAACAGAAGAAUUACAAAGAACUGUGUCAAUUAAAAGAGCCAAAGGAGAAGAUGACUGAAUUCUGCAAUAUUUUGCUGCACUUUAACUGAUAACUUAAUGUGAAGAUCUCAAGGUGUUUUAUUUUUCAUGCUGAAUGUAGUGGACAUCUGCUGCUGAGUGCCUUUGGAAAAACCGCUAUCCUUGCUCUAAACUGCUGCCAGCAUUGGAUGCUUUUUGUUCUAUAUUGCCAUACUGGUGAGGCUGGGCCAGCAAUUAGAACAUAAUGGUUUGGAUUUCAUACAUUGCCAUUUAAGUAAUUAAUUUCACAUAAAAAUGGAUACCAAAAUAUUUCAGGAACACUCAAUCCCUCACAAAUUGCAUCUGACACAUCUGUUUUUAGGUACAUGAAAGUUGAGAUUUCAUGCAGCCUUUCUGUGGUUGGCACUUCAGUUCAGUUUGCACAUCAAAUGUUUUCCAUCCUGACCCUAAAGAUGUUCACUACAAGGUUCUGUUGUUUAUCUCAGUGGCAUGCUGAGUGAGCCAUAUAAUCAUGGUCUGAUUUGCUAUACCAUAUGAGACUUACGAUGUAACUGAUGGCCAAGGUUUGUGUCGGCAUAGAUAGGUUUAAUGUAGCUGAAAUACAUGUAAGAACUGUGGUACUCUAACUUUGCUGCUUCUGUGUCAUAUAGCAGCUUUGCACUGUGUGGCAAUGAUAUGCCUGCAAAAGGGUGAAAUAUCCUACCACUCAAAAUUGGGAUCUCCCACAACUCAUUGAAAAAAGGCAGCUGAUUGAUCUUGUGUCUCCUUUAUCACUUAUAUUUUCAAAAGGAAUUUGUGUAUAUGUUUGCUAUUGAAGUCUCUAAAUUUUAAACAAACAGAUUUGUUUUGAAGGAGAGCAAAAUUAUCCAAAUAGUAAUCUGAAAGACACAACUUCAUUUUUAAAAAAGUUCUUCUAGCCUAUAAAUUAAUAAAAUUUAUAUGAAAAGUUAGUGUUUGGUGUCAAAUCUAUAGAAAAGGCACUUCAAUCACAGAUGAACAGGCCAUUGAGACAAAUAAAAAAAUGUAACUAAUAAAAAUGUUUGUAAAUUG